AUGGCAACGAAUGGUCAUGCAAAUGGACGGCUUGCAGGCAAGGUGGCGCUCGUGACGGGCGGCGCCAUGGGAAUCGGAGAGGCCAUCAGCCGUCGUUUCGCGAAGGAGGGAGCAUCUAUUCUCAUCGCCGAUAUGAAUGAGGAAGCAGCGAAAGCCGUAGCCGAAUCACUCUCGUCAGAGGGCGUUGAGGCGGGCUACGUGGUCGCGAAUGUCACCUCACGAUCCGACUGGGAGAAUAUCGUGGACAAAAUCAAGUCUCAGUUCGGCGCCCGGCUUGACAUCCUCGUGAACAAUGCCGGCACAGCUUAUCCUACACAGUCAUCGUUGACCGUGUCGGAGGCGAAUUUCGACAAAGUCUAUUCGGUCAAUGUCAAAUCGAUCUUCCACUCCGUCCAGACCAUCUUCCCUAUGAUGAUUGAGAACCAGGGGGGUGCCGUGAUCAACAUUUCGUCAAUUGCCGCCAUUCGCCCACGGGGCAGACUCACAUGGUACAACUCGUCGAAGGCGGCGGUGUCUAAUGCCUCGAAAGCUCUCGCCCAUGAGUUUGGUGCGGAGGGUAUCCGGGUCAAUUGUGUCUGUCCGGUCUUGGUUCCGACCCAGCUCGCCAACAACUUUGUCCCUGGAUUUGACAACACGCCGGAGCAACACACCAAGGCGACCCAGCUUUUGCAGAUUCCUCUCGGGCGUGUGACCACGACCGAGGACGUGGCUAAUACUGCUCUGUGGCUGGCAAGCGACGAGAGCUCCUUUAUCACCGGUGUCGAUCAUCAUGUUGACGGGGGAAGAAGUAUAUAG